GUACGCUCUCCCCUGCACCAACGGUCAGGUGAUAUGAGGUCUCUGGAUCCUGUUCUAUACACCAUCUUCAGCACCCCUUCCCCUUCCCCUUCCCCUUCCCUCGGGAGAGAGCAUUAGGAGGGACGGAGAAAUAUAAGUGACAAUGUCUGUGGCCACCGCCGGAGCAACGUCCACCUUCUUCGGCAGCCGCCUCCACAAUGUCCACCAAGCCAAUGCCAGGUUCCAGGCGAGGUUCGGAUUCUUCGGUGCAGGGAAGAAGGCAGAAGAGCCGAAGAAGAAAUCCGGUCCUCUCAAGAAGACGGUGGUCUCCAACAGGCCCGUCUGGUUCCCAGGGGCGAAGCCGCCGGAGUGGCUGGAUGGCAGCCUCGUGGGAGACGUAGGGUUCGACCCCUUCGGCCUGGGCAAGCCCGUCGAGUACCUGCAGUUCGACCUGGACUCGCUGGACCAGAACCUGGCCAAGAACAAUGCGGGCGAGAUCAUCGGCACCCGCUUCGAGAGCUCCGACGUCAGGUCCACCCCGUUCCAGCCCUACAGCGAGGUUUUCGGCCUCCAACGCUUCAGGGAGUGCGAGCUCAUCCACGGUCGCUGGGCAAUGCUCGGUACCCUCGGCGCCAUUGCCGUCGAGGCCCUCACCGGUGUCACUUGGCAAGACGCCGGCAAAGUGGAGUUGGUGGAGGGGUCCUCAUACUUGGGCCUCCCCCUCCCCUUCUCCUUAACCACACUCAUAUGGAUCGAGGUGUUCGUGAUCGGCUACAUCGAGUUCCAGAGGAAUAAGGAGCUGGACCCGGAGAGGAGGGUCUACCCGGGGGGCCCCUUCGACCCGCUGGGCCUGGCCUCCGACCCGGACAAGAAAGCGCGGCUCCAACUGGCGGAGAUCAAGCACUCUCGCUUGGCCAUGGUGGCGUUUCUGGGCUUCGCCGUUCAGGCCGCGACCACCGGCAAGGGGCCCCUCAACAACCUCAUCGACACCUUCUCCUCCUCUUAAUUAACUCAUUUCACCAUUGGUGGGGAGAGAUCUAGAAAGAGAGGUGAUCAGAGAGAGGGCUGCGGUUCUAGAGGAUCAGAGUUCUCCUUCCGUAUGAUAUGAGCUGCUUGCUUGCUGUAUCGUCGUCAUGACACUGUUGUCUCCUUCAUGUAAAUCCAGAAAAUCUCAACAUUUGCGUCAGUUACGUUGGCCCUUGCUUUUGCUGCCUCUCCUUGUUGCUGUGCAAUUCCAAUGGGGAGACAUAGUGGUUUCGCUCCUUUGUGUUACUUUCUCCUAGUUAUCGUUUUUCUUGACUUUGCCCUCUCUGUUAA